AUGUUCAACAUGACAUCUGUCUCGUGUACGAAUCGAUUCCAGGAAAUCGGGACAAUACUCGUAAAUCUAUUAGGAAUUCACCUAAUUGUUCACUAUUCGCUCGUCCUCUGUAAAGCAAAGAAGGAAGUGAGAGAAUCCACGAAAGCAGGAGCCUCAUCAAGGUCAGAACCACCUUCUUCUGGUAAACCUGAUCCUGCUCCUGCUUCUGCUUCUGCUCCUGCUCCUGUUCCUCCUGCUCCUGGUCCUAUACUACGUGCCCCAGCACCCGCAGGAAAUGAUGGUGGCGAUGGUGAUUAUGAGAACAUUCGUCUCGGCGACAAUCCUCCGCCACCACCGCCACCGUCUUGA